CUCCAUCACCUCGCAGCCUUCCCAUCAGCAUGGCCUACUCUCUACGACGCAACCAUCGUAAUGGCCAAGGGCGCUCUCCCGACUCUCAACAGAAUCCUCAUCGAGGCCGAAAACCACCCAAGCUCAGCCGGUUUCUUCACAGCCCGUCUUGCAGGGGACAUGAAGCCCCUCAUUUUCCAGGUUCACUAUGCUACAUUCCAAGCUGAGGCAUUGGCGGCGAAGCUUUCAGGUCGAGGAUACGCUGAGCCUGCAGUAGACCUUAAUACCUAUGAGAAAAUGCAUGCGGCUUGCGGAAUAUGA